UAUAGGUCUGUACUUAGUAACCUUGUAGAACACAGAAAUACCAUUUCAUUAGACGUUCCAACACGUUGCUCAACUUCACGAUCCACAUCAACGUCCGCUAGGCGUGUAUGCUGACCAUUGCAGAUAGGCAUUACGAUGGAGAUGCCGCCAACUCUCCUGUCCCGGCGCCAGCGCAGUCAGUGGGAGUGAAUAUUGCCAAGAUUAUAGCGCUGUGAAGCCGUUCGUUUGAAUUCACAGUCGCUACUGUUAUUCUCGGGCAUGCCUGCUAAGAUGGAGGGUCCCUGUGAAGGCCGACUAUUGAAUUUGGCAGCCAGGCGUGGCAUAAGAACCCACAGAGAGCCCAUUACACCCAUCCCCUGAAGCGAAGUAUCUUCCUCAGCACUCACUGAUGGCCAUGCCGCCCAGCAAUCAGGACAAAGAAUGCAAACUCGGAAUACACGCUUCAACCACUCAUACCUACCAAUCAAGACAAACCAUCACGACCCCUCACCCUACCGACAUGAACCACCGCCGGCCGGGAAGUCCCGUCGACAAUGAUGAGGAACUAGAGCUCGUCCUGCGCGAGUCCGCCGCACAAGCGGAGGAGGACGAAAAAGCGGCGCUGCGACGCCUUCUAGAGCAAUCACGUGCAGAGGCCGAGCGUGUUGCUGCAGUUGACGAAGCAGCCGAGCUCGCGGCGGCACUAGCGCGCUCCCAGCUCGAUGCUGUCAAUGAGGAAGAGGCACAGGUGCAGCAGCUGCUCGAGCAGAGCCGUGCGGAAUUCUUCAGCGCGCUGAAAGCCAAGGGUGCAGUGGCGGAUGAUGAUGAAGCCACGAUGGAUGCGGUCAAGAAGCGAAGCGCUGAGGAUUGGCACAAGUGCACCUGGGAUCAACAACCACCCGUGGAAGGGAAUUGGUCAGAGCGAAUGGGCCUUACGCACGAGGAGAGGUUUCAAACUACAACUUCUUAUACGCACUGCAGCACUGCGAAAGGGAGUGAUGUAGCAGCAAUGGGGUUUGGAUCAGGGGUGGGAAUGGGGUGCGGUGUGCAUCCUCUCCCUCCCUAUGCAGUAGGGGGCCCGGGCCAGUAUUCACGCUGGCAUUCUGAUGGCGGAGGGGCUGGCGGAUGGCCCUCUUUCACAUCCCGUGGACCGCAUUGUCCAGUGCCCGGUGCGCUUCCAAGUCUUCCAGCUCGUGGAGCGGCUUCCGUACCAAUUCCGUGGAUGCAGGCACCCCAGCCAUCCCAUGCCCAAACUACGGCACCUUUAUCUACGCCCACUGGGCCUUCAUCAACCCCUACUGCGCACCGACCGACCGGUGCUGCGGCACCGUCGGUCGCAGAAGCGCUUCACUCUCCGGCAGUUACGGUGCGCUCAUUGGGGAAGCAAAUUUCUCGACCUGCUCGCUCCACUCCGCAGUCUCCAGGGCCCACUAGCCAAGCCUCACAUCCGGUUACCCCUAUCGAAAGUCCUCGUCAGGUCCCUGCUCUGGCUGUUGCUGCAGAAGAUGAUAAGGUAAGGGAGGGUCCCGAGGACCCGACUGAGACCACAAGAGACAGGGUGGAACAGAAGUCUGUGGGGGAUGAACCAGCCGCUGCCAUGGAGAGCCAGGUAAGGUCCAAGAAGGAGAAUUUUGAAGAACUGGAGCAGCUGGUGAACAAGGAGAAGGAGGAUCUCGACACUGGAGGCGAUGUUGAGGGCGACGCGGCGGGGGUGAAGGAAGAAGUAUGCGACGCAGAUGGCGACGAGGACAAGCACGAGCUCGAAGAUCCUGAGCUUGUCAAGGCCAAACGUUUGGCUUUCCUGGACGGGCUUUCGAGAUGAUAUACUCCGUACGGAGUACUUCCCUCUCAAAGGGAAAUACUAGUCGGUGUGGCCGGAGAUGGCCCCCAUGAUCUAUCUAUUGUCAGAUUUUAGCUCAACAUUAUUUAGUCAUUGGCCUAUGUGCAUGGGAUAGACUUGUUCCAGAUUGCAGUGCGAGUUGCGGCGAGUGAAACUGUAAGUUUACGUUCUACAGCAUCUACAGCGCCCCGCUUAGGUGGAAUUUAUCUU